GAUAAAUACAGCCGCGGCCGCUGCGAGGACACGGACACGGCUCGGAGCGACGGUCGUACAAAAUCCCGCACCCCCCCUGCCUAGGCACGCAGCUGGGGACCCCCUCCCGGGCGCGCCCCUUCCAGGCUCCCUAGGGACCGGGAAAGCGGCUUGGCAGAGCUCCCCGCGCCGCGAUGCCUUUUCUGGGGCAGGACUGGAGGUCGCCGGGGCAGAACUGGGUGAAGACGGCGGAUGGCUGGACCAGGUUCCUGGAGGAGCGACACAGCGGCUAUGUCAGUGAUCUAAACAGUUACUGCAAAAAGGAGGAUUACAACAAGGAGAAUCUCUUCAACAGCAUGAACUAUGAUGUUGCUGCCAAGAAGAGAAAGAAGGACCUGCUGAAUAACAAGACAAAGAUCCAGUAUUUCCAUCAAGAAAAAUGGAUUUAUGUCCACAAGGGAAGCACAAAAGAACGUCAUGGCUACUGCACCUUGGGAGAAGCUUUUAACAGACUUGACUUCUCAAAUGCUAUCCUGGAUUCCAGACGGUUCAACUAUGUUGUAAGGCUGUUGGAGCUGAUAGCAAAGUCUCAGCUAACAUCGCUGAGUGGAAUCGCCCAGAAAAACUUCAUGAACAUUUUGGAAAAAGUGGUGCAGAAAGUCCUUGAAGAUCAGCAGAACAUCAGGCUAAUAAGGGAAUUGCUGCAGACUCUCUACACGUCACUGUGCACCCUGGUGCAAAGGGUUGGCAAAUCUGUUCUGGUUGGAAACAUCAACAUGUGGGUACACAGAAUGGAGACCAUUCUUCACUGGCAACAACAACUGAACAGCAUCCAAAUCACAAGACCUGCCUUUAAAGGAAUGACCUUUACAGACCUGCCGUUGUGUUUACAAUUAAAUAUCAUGCAGCGGCUAACUGAUGGGAGAGACCUUGUCAGCCUUGGGCAAGUGGCCCCUGAACUGCAAGUGCUCAGUGAGGACCGGCUGCUGUGGAAAAAGCUCUGCCAAUACCAUUUCACAGACCGACAGAUUCGUAAACGGAUAAUCUUAUCUGAGAAGGGGUUGCUGGAUUGGAAGAAGAUGUACUUUAAACUUAUAAGGUGUUACCCAAGGAAGGAGCAGUAUGGAGACACACUGCAGCUCUGCAGACAUUGCCACAUCCUCUCCUGGAAGGGUACUGAUCAUCCUUGCACAGCCAACAACCCAGAGAGCUGCUCCACUUCUCUUUCACCCCAAGACUUUAUCAACUUGUUCAGAUUCUGAACCCUGGUUCUUCACUGCAUAUUCUAUUCCUACAAGACACUUUAUAGCGCUCAGCUUGGACACUGAACUUGUAAAUAGUGUAAAUGUUGAUGUUUGUUUGAAGCUCCUGAGUCAAGCAAACAAGAGGAUCUUAGCGACGAAAGGUGAAAUUGCUCGCUGACGUUCGAUGUUUAAGAAAUAUGGACUUCUAACAAGACUGGCGUGUAUAGGCAAUGUUGUAAAAAGUCACCUUUUUAUUAUCCGAGUACAAGAUACAGGGCAGGAAUUUCUUUCUGUUUAGAAGUUAAAACUGAAUUUGCCCCAUGGCCCUUUAAAAACGUUCUAUAUUUUUUUCAGUUUCUAAUAAAUGAAAAGAAAGCAGUUUGAGACUAGGACUGUUUAACUGCUCCUCCAUCUGGUUUUAUUUACAAUAGAUAUUUAUAAAUAUGACAUUUUUAAAAAUGAUAUUUAUGGGGGAAAAUUCCCUGCAACGAGUUUUAAUAAUACUUGUAUGUAAAAAAAAUUGGAUGCAUUCAGAAAUAUGCAUAACAUCUAGGAUUUGAUCCUAGUUAAAAAUGAAAAUAACACACCACGCCAUUUUCUACCUCGAAUAAAUAGAGUACCUUUGAAACAACAAUCCAUUAUGCAAUGUGAACUAUUAAACUUUGUACAAUGAUUUAAAGGGAAAUGAUGUUUAUGACCGUAAGCAAACUUCUUCUUAUGUUAAUGCUUACGUUUUUAAUUCGUUUUCUUGCUGUACUCAGUGCUUGAAUGCCCAGAUGAUGAGCGACUUAGAAAUACCUAAGAUUUUACUCCAUCUUCCUUUUAAUUUUGUUGUCUUUAUAAAAGAUUAAGCAAAAAAACAAACCAAGGGUGAGGAUUUAUAUUUAAGGAGGGUGCACGAUGGAUGAAUAAGGGGCCUGAUCUACUCUGGAUUUACACCUGUCUGAGAUCAGCAUCUGGUUCACUGGGUCUGACUCUCCCUACCCCAUGUAACUCCACUGAAAUAAAGUUAAAACUGGUGUAACUGAGAGAUGACUCAGCCCCAUAGGACCAGGUUCCUGAUCAUCUAAAUAGGUAAAGCUCCACUGGGGCCAGUGGAACUGUGCGAGUUUACAUUCACUGAGGAUCUGGCUCAUAGCAUGUAAGAUAAAUACUAUUUGUUUGUAACUGCUGUUAGAAACAGGAAGAGCAGCGAGGAAAGCCAGCCAUAGAGUCCUAGUGUAAUACGGGUACAGUCAGUCCUUAGGGUAAAUAGGAUUUCUAAUCACCUGACAUCCCAUAUCAUUUCUAUGUAUCAUAGAAAUGGAAAAUAAUUGACCUAAUCCAUCUCCCUGCCAGUGCCAGAUUAACAGAGAUACAGUGAGAAUUAGUGCUUACAAAUCUUGGUCCCACUGAAAUUAAUGGCCAAACUUCUAAUCUCCUUUAUUAUGUAUAACUCAUGAAUUUGACAAACUUGAUCUGGCAGAUUCCAGUCCAUGUAUAAAAGUUUGGAAAGCCUACAUAGGAAAAAUCCUUGCAGUUGUCCUAUCACAGCGUUCACGUACAGCACUUUCCCAACACUGUACGCAGAGCGCGUAAGCAAGGUGCCUAAGAAAGACAAACAUUAAUAGGUUGUAUGGUAUGGACAAAGAGUUGCGAGGAAGAGGAAUACUCAGGAUAAAUCAGGAAGAACUACUUGAGUUUAAUUAUUAAAUAGUCUGUUCCUUUUUUACAGGUUUUAUAAUUGAUCUCUAACACUUUUCUGCAGCUGUUUAUAUAUAUUUUUGCAACAGUAUUUGCAUUUUUACAAACUAAAUCACUUUGCAUGCUCUUUGAGUAGUUGUGGGGUGAAAAAUGAGUGUUUAGAUUGAAUAGUGGGGAUGGGGACUGCAGCCCUGGUGAGGGGAUAUCCAGGAGAAUGCUUUAACAGUAACUGCCAGUUGUUGCAUUCCAAGGCAGAAGGUUUGGUUCUUCCAGAAAUCUCUUUCAGAGACAGGGCAAGAGACACUCCCAUCAGAAAUCAUUAUGCAGAGAAGGGAAUAAAAUAGUUUGAAGACGGAGACCUUGCCCUCCCUCCAUCUGCUCUCAACUCAAAGAUGAGUCAAAAGAGUAAAUUUGAACUCAGGGGGGAGAGGGUGUAUGUUCAUGUGAGUGGAAAGUGAUUCAGAGGUAGUUAACCUGGAGAAAUGAAACUCUAGUUGUGGGAGUUAGUGUAAUUGAGUAAGGGAGGCCAGCUUCUAUUCUCAUUCACACCCAUGCAACCCUUGUUGAUGUCAGUGAGGUUGUGUGGAAUUUGACUUGAUGAAAGAGGAGUGUUAAGGGAAGUGACUGAAGUAGCGAUGUUGUGUGUGAAGAUCCAUGUUAAUCCUUUCUCUAGCAGUUAAAAGUACCCUUAUAACCUUUGUGCCCUCUGCUUGGAGGUCUGAUUUUUUUUCCCCUUCCUCGUCUAUCUGCCCUAUCUACUCCCAGUGAACCAACCUAAAUAGAAGUUGUGAUUUGCAAUGUCAAAUUUGACAUACCAGCAAUUGGUGUUUCAACCUGUAAAAUACUUAUUUUAGGUUGUAUUUAUUGGAGCAAGUUCCUCCUUGGUGAAACUGACAUCAAGUGAAUUUAACUCCAGGACCGAUUCUGGAGUUAAAUUCCAUAUAUAAUAGUCUGAGCACAGGGUUCUGAGUCAGGAACUUACGAACUCUAGUCCUGGCUGUGCAACUAUUUCCUUCUGUGGUUUUGGGCAAAACACUCUCUGCCUCCAAUUCCAGUCUGUAAAAUGGGGACAAUAACUACUUAUUGCAGUGCCCCACUGUAAGGAUCAAUUAGCUAGUGUUUGGUAAAGCAGUUGAAGUUUAAAGUGCAGGUUCUGAUUUGAAAGCACUACAUGGGCCUUAAGUGAAACAUUUGUCUACACGUUGACAUUUUCAGAUUGUGUUGUUUCAAGAAAAACUAUUCUUACGCGGUUACUUGAGGCAGAGACCUACAGCGUGAAACCAAACGUAAUGCAUGCUAUUAAGGAGUAUAACUUAUUAAAUGAGUCUGCUAAAGAAAGAAAUAGAACUUGCCUCAUUAUUAUUAUUGUAUUGCUGCAGUCGUUACUGAUAUCGAUCUCCUCAUGAGUCUUCCCUAUUCCCAAAAUGGUUUAUUACUGUCAAAUAUUGUAGAGAGUCAAACAAUUCCUUUUUAACAACCACUGUUUGUGCCCAGAUACCUUCGCCUGACCACUUACAAAGGCAUCGGUUUUAUUUAAGUAGAUUAUUUGCAUCUGCAUGACGUGGGCUGACAGGAGAAUGAAAACUGAGCGGUAACAGUGGGUUCGAGGUAGGAAGGUGCAAGGCUACUCUGGCAUAAAAGGGACCUCCUUAUUUUCAGGGUAAUUCUGGCAAAGUUGUUGUAAGUUGAAAACAGGCUUUCUGUGUCUGAACGUGACAUCGGUGAUGAUGAUCUUUCCAAACAGCCUUUCACCUGGGUUGCCGUUAGGAUUUCAUUAGUUUCAAUACUAUGAAACAAGGUCUGUGUUCUGCCUUUAUCAUCAUAAAUGCAGAGUGAUUCCAUUGCAGCUAAUGGAGUUGGUCCGCAUUUACUGGUGCAACAGAGCUGAAUAUGGCUCAGUACUGAUAUUUUAAAACCACUCCAUACAGUGGAGGGGGCAUGGGAAGGAAGAGAGGAGAAUUUUGCAUUUCAGUUUCCUGGGGGAGGUGAGUGAGUUUUAUUUGAAUUUGACAGUCACUUCAAGAUGCUGAAUUUCAGUUGUACAUAAGCUGAGCAGUUUAUACUAAUGAUGGUUUGGUAUUUUAAUGUUUGAUUAUGAAAUGUGUGCACCUCAUCUUAUCUUGAUUUUUUUUAAUUGUAUUACUUCUGUUUUGUAAAAUCGUUAGGAACCCUUGUACUGCUCUACAGACAUGCUUCAUAUGUAAACGUUUAAUUGCACCAUACCACGUUCUGUAAAUGGGAAGAUUGCUAUCCCCCUGUUUUGAACUCCUGUAGUGACUAAUGUUUGUGUUCCCAUUUCUGUUUGGCUGCACAACCAACUCCUAGAACAUACACAGGUAGUAAACUAGCUUUUUCUGCCCAGCCAAUUCUUUGGCCCUUAGUAGCUACAACUGAAAUAAACCAGGAUCAUUUCAAAUACUGUAGAGUACCUAAUAAAUCUUGGAUGAUGUCUCAUGCUUAAACCUUCUGUUCGCUACAAUAAACCAUCAUGUACUUUUGGGGGGCUCUUAGUAACCUGUUGCACAGCUUCUUCUCACAGAUCAGCACCUUGCCAAAAAAUAGCUUUAAAUUAAAACGCUAGUCUCACUUGCUGGCUUGUUGGCAAAAACACACCCUCUCUGUGGAUAUGAUGGGUAAUCAGUUUAAAAGUUUUCCUAUAGCAUUUGGAGUUCUGCUUGUCGUCUAGGCACAGUAACGUGUACAGACAAGCUAGCUUUUUAUAAAUGCUUUCCUUCUACAUGUAAUGGCUCUUGUAAAGGUCCCUUCUUCUGAGCUGACUAGCCCUCUGCUGCCUCUGAGGUUGAGAAGUUCCUAAGUGGAGCCUAAUCUACAAUGUACUCAGCACCUCUUUAGUACUCCCCACUCCCACUGACAUCAUUGGUAGUGGAAGAUGCUCUGGAUCAUUCAGCUCUCUGCAGGGUCUGGCCCCAAAGACAGUAAAUCUUUCCUCUUCUUGACAGUCUCCACUAUAUUAAUAGCGUGAACACCUAAGUAACACGCCUGUUCUGGCACUCUGUAGAGCGCACACAGCCCUUUCACCCGGGUGACCCCGCUGCUGUAACUGAGGGUAAUCUGGCCCUUUUUGGCUCUCACUUGCUGCAUAUAGUGCCAACAGGGCAGCUCCAGAGUUAACAGUUUAAUUAGAAAUUGCAAAUGUACUAAUGUUUUAGGGGCUAAUCUGCAGUAAUAAUGAAUACCUGCUUAUAUGUGAAAAGGAAGCUUGUUUUUCCUUUUUAAAUAAAGCUGUAACUAGAUAAGGUAUGAAGUGAAAAGCAUACCUUGUGUAUUAAGACUCCUAUUUAAUAUUAUUGUGUGAUUAAAAUCCUUCCGUAUAAAUUAUUUGCACACACUUUUUUUUUUUUUGCAUGUUCAGCUCUGAUUUUUACAGCGGUUUGGUACAAACAGUGAUGUAUUUUUCUAAAAUGUCUUUGACACUGAAUUGCAAUAAAUGUUCAAACAAUGUGAA